CGCAUUUGCCAACUAUCGAUCCCACCCAAGGCAGUCCACAGCUUUCCUGUAUCUUCAAACCACCCCUUCCUCUCUCCGCUUACCAUUGUUAUCUGAGCUUCCUCGGUUUCAUCUCUCCCCUUCGCGCUACCUCCGCCUCGGAGCUCACGGGGUAGGCGAAGGGUUUGGUUUGUGCUGGAGUUCUACUGCCUUAAUAUCUUCGGCUAGUUAUUUGGAAAACAAUAGAUUCUGUGCCAUACGUUUAUAGAGAAAAAGGUUCAUUGGAAGGAAUUUGCAGAAAGAGAGAGCGUGACUCUUAUGACGCACUGCGGACAUGAGUUUGGAAAGCUUCCUGAUCAUCUCCUUAUAGAAAUUUUUGUCCGCCUACCUCUCUGCGAGUGGUCUCGGAUUUCUUGUGUUAACAAGCACUGGGCUGCAAUUUUUAGGGGGGAGAGCUUGUGGCAAACCGCGAUCAUCAAGACCUGGCCUUUUGCGUGCCAGAGGAAACGAUGGCCUGGACCUAUUCCUCGUGGUUCCAGUAGAAGGAGAUAUGAAGCACUGUAUGCAAGCAAACACUUCAUUUCCUCUAAUGGUGAAGUAGAUGAACUAUUAGGUCACACUUAUUUGUAUUUGAAGGAGCAGCUUGAGCUAUCAAUGAUGCCACCUCCUUCUAGCAUACUUCAUGGAACCAUGAUUGAUCAAUUUAUUGCCUGUGAGAAGUCAAUAGACAAGGCCCAUGAGCUUUCUUCAGAGGUUUGGCUCUCAGUCAUCAAUAAUCUUGAAGAGAACAAGCGAACAUUUUUGCUGCUUAAACGUCUUGCACAAGAAGGCGAAUUCUUUCUUCCUUUUCCCUACUCAAGAUCUUACAAGGUGUUAUGGAUGGUAUUUGAGAAGCUUUUCACCGACUUCCGUGACUGCUUAAACCCCACAGAUUACUAUGAUGUUCUAGCAUGUGCCAAGGCCAGUUUCCAGCCGAUCCCCUCCACUUGGCUAGGAUACUAGCUCCGGACGGCAUCUGCUACUGUUUUGUGCUGAAAAUCCACUUAACUAUAGUUGUUGCCCUGGGUUAGCUCUUGGCCAAAGUGGCCAUCUUGUUUCAAGACCUGUUGAUAAUGUAUCACAUAGAUUGGUUAAUCUUGCAUUCGAGGAGGGAGAGUGAGCUCUAUACAUGCUAUGAAAAUGCAAUCUGAUCAAUUGUUCUUCUCAGAUUGUAAUUGUAUAUGUGAUAGUUGAACCAACACAUGAAUUAGACUAUAGAAAAAUUUUAUCUA